CUACAGACAAGUAGUGUCACAUUUGUGGGUGAAGUCAGUUCAUCUUUAGAAAAAAAUGAUAUUUAUAAGAAUUGUAAUGAUCUAAUUCAUGUUGGUAUUUUUAUGAAAGACUGUCUUGAUUUAGCUAUAAACUUGGAUCAUACAUUAGACUUCUAUAUGAUGGAUCUUAUUCAAGGAACAUAUACUAUGAUCCAUAUUGGGAAAAUUUUAGUUCCAGCUUUAGUGAAAAAUAUAUUGUCUUUUAUUAAUGAAUUAGAAGUGCUUUUAGAAGUACAAGAGAUUUUUUACGAAUCUUUUAAUACUUUCUAUACUAAGGUCUGUAAUCCAAGUCUAUCAUCAACAAAAGCAAGUUUUAAACAUGAUGCCAAAAUUUAA